AUGUCGCUAACGGUUUAUUUAAAGCGUUUUAAAAUCAUUAAAUCCAAAGCUGAGAGGGUUAUAAGAUUGGAGUUUAGAGGUCAAAAGAAAACCUCUGCUACAAUAUUAGAUCAUGAUGAGCUCAUCACUGUAAAUCAGACUUUCGUAUGGCACAUUACGACGCCAAUAGAUAAAGGGGAACUCCUCACCAUCACCCUUGUGGAGAAACAGCGCUUUGUCGCUUCACGUGUGGUGGGGAAGUACCGGCUCGGUCUUCAGGUGGUGGUCGACGAUGGGAUGAUCCCCAUCACUGAUUCUCUCGUAGACGACGACAACCAACCUGUACCGGUACUACUGGGUUUUAAAGACGAGACUGAAUAA